AUGGCCGAUAGAGAUAUUCCUUGUCACGAGGGCCAAAAAGAGAGUUGCACUUCCUUGGCUGGAGAUUUUGGUGAUGAGUAUGCCCCGGAGUUGGAUCAUGAGAAACCUAUAGACAGCUGUCAAUGGAGACAGAGAGACCGACCUAGAAGUACUUCUUCUCAGAGUUCCGUGAGAAGUACAUUGGAGGGGUUACCGCCUGACCGUGAGGUUGAGUUCAGUAUAGAGGUUUGGCAGGGAUUAGCUCCAGUGUCUAUGGCACCCUAUCGCAUAGCACCAACAGAGUUGAAGGAGCUAAAGAACCAAAUCCAAGAGUUGUUGGACAAAGGCUUUAUUCGACCGAGCAUCUCGCCUUGGGGAGUGCCAGUGUUUUUUGUCAAGAAAAAAGACUAG